UCUAACUCGUAUGAUUUUGACAAGUUAUUGGUCACAAGAGGAUUCUUGAGUGAUCGUUUAGGACCUCAGAAAGCAUUCUGAGGUCGCACGAAUUCUGAUUAUCCGUGCAAGCUGAUCAAAUUUGAGCUAGCUGGCUAGCAACAUUCUAUCGAAGACUGCUGCUGCCGCCAUAUUGAGCGAGGCUCCGCUGUUUGCCAUGCAGUGACUGACUUGCUCGGACUGAACUGACAACAGAUCGGGGAUAGAAGAGUUGGGGGGGCUGCCGUUGCUGGUGACGCAGGAAAAACACCCAAGAGCAGACAAAAAAAAUCCAAGGAACUGAGAUCGCCUCAACAUUAAUUUAAUGUAAUGCGAAACAGCAGUUACACGAGACGUUUAUAAGAUACAUGACAAAUGAGUUAUUGGAGACUGGAGUAGCUAGUGAAUAGAGGAGAAGUCAUUUCUAAUUUCUGGUUAUGCAAUGGUCUCUGCAAUCCCUCCAGUGCUUCAGGUGGUGCUUUCCCUCUCCCGCGCAUGCCGCUUGUCCGUCAGUCUUGAGGAGGCUGUGAUUUCUCCCCGCGCGCCAGCCACAUAAGUGGACAAGAUUGCAAAGAUCUGCCCCGUGUCGAGUAUGACGGCCACGACGCGUGGCUCUCCGGUGGGGGGCAACGAGAGUCAGGGCCAGGGCCAGGCCCCCGACGGCCAGUCUCAGCCCCCGCUGCCCCAGAACCAGCAGACGUCCUCUCCUAACUCCUCCAAUGAGAACUCUCCGGUGAGCCCUCCUGAUGAGCAGGGCCAGGGGGACUGCCCUCCCCAGCUGGAGGAGGAGGAGCCGGCCUUCCCCCACACCGACUUGGCCAAGCUGGAUGACAUGAUCAACAGACCCCGCUGGGUUGUUCCAGUUCUGCCAAAGGGUGAAUUAGAAGUUCUUCUGGAAGCUGCUAUAGAUCUUAGUAAAAAAGGACUCGACGUCAAGUGCGAAGCAUGCCAGAGGUUUUUCCGAGACGGCUUGACCAUCUCCUUCACCAAGAUACUGACCGAUGAGGCCGUCAGUGGAUGGAAGUUUGAGAUCCACAGGUGCAUCAUCAACAACACCCACCGUCUGGUGGAGCUGUGCGUGGCCAAGCUCUCCCAGGACUGGUUCCCCCUGCUUGAGCUGCUGGCCAUGGCCACCAACCCGCACUGCAAGUUCCACAUCUACAACGGCACGCGGCCCUCCGAGACGGUGCCCGCCGGCGUGCAGCUGGCCGAGGACGAGCUCUUCGCCCGCCCGCCGGACCCGCGCUCUCCCAAGGGCUGGCUGGUGGAUUUGAUAAACAAAUUUGGCACAUUAAACGGGUUCCAGAUUCUGCAUGAUCGCUUCAUGAGCGGCCAAGCUCUGAAUGUGCAGAUCAUCGCUGCGCUCAUCAAGCCUUUCGGGCAGUGCUAUGAGUUCCUCACUUUGCACACGGUGAAGAAGUACUUCCUCCCCAUCAUAGAAAUGGUCCCCCAGUUCCUGGAAAAUCUCACGGACGAGGAGCUGAAGAAGGAGGCCAAGAACGAAGCCAAAAACGACGCCCUGUCCAUGAUCAUCAAGUCGCUCAAGAACCUGGCGUCACGGCUACCGGGUCAGGAGGAGACCGUGAAGAACUUAGAAAUUUUUAGGUUAAAAAUGAUUCUUAGGUUAUUGCAAAUAUCUUCUUUUAAUGGCAAAAUGAAUGCACUAAAUGAAGUCAACAAGGUGAUCUCCAGUGUGUCCUACUACACUCAUCGACAUGGUAACCCGGAGGAGGAGGAGUGGCUGACUGCUGAACGCAUGGCGGAAUGGAUUCAGCAGAACAACAUCCUGUCCAUCGUGCUGCGGGACAGCCUGCAUCAGCCCCAGUACGUGGAGAAGCUGGAGAAGAUCCUGCGCUUCGUCAUCAAGGAGAAGGCCCUCACCCUCCAGGAUCUGGACAACAUCUGGGCCGCCCAGGCUGGCAAGCAUGAAGCCAUUGUAAAAAAUGUCCAUGACCUCCUAGCGAAGCUGGCCUGGGACUUCUCUCCCGAGCAGCUGGACCAUCUCUUUGACUGUUUCAAGGCGAGCUGGACCAAUGCAAGCAAAAAGCAGCGGGAGAAGCUUCUGGAACUCAUCCGCAGGCUGGCGGAGGACGACAAGGACGGCGUGAUGGCCCACAAGGUGCUGAACCUGCUGUGGAACCUGGCGCACAGCGACGACGUGCCUGUGGACAUCAUGGACCAGGCGCUGAGUGCCCACAUCAAGAUCCUGGACUACAGCUGCUCACAGGACCGCGACACUCAGAAGAUCCAGUGGAUCGACCGUUUCAUUGAAGAGCUGCGCACCAACGACAAGUGGGUGAUCCCCGCCCUGAAGCAGAUCCGCGAGAUCUGCAGCCUGUUUGGAGAGGCUCCUCAGAACCUGAGAAAGAAAAUACCUAUUAACAUACAAAAGAGCUUAGAAGGUCAAACUCAGAGGAGUCCUCACGUGUUCUAUCGGCACGACCUGAUCAACCAGCUGCAGCACAACCACGCGCUGGUCACCCUGGUGGCGGAGAACCUGUCGGCCUACAUGGAGAGCAUGAGGCAGUUCGCCAAAGCCGAACACACCGACUUUGACCCGCAGACGGUGAGGCCUGGUAGCCGGUACAGCCACGUACAGGAGGUCCAGGAGAGGCUCAACUUCUUGAGGUUCCUGCUGAAGGACGGUCAGCUGUGGCUGUGCGCCCCGCAGGCCAAGCAGAUCUGGAAGUGCCUGGCGGAGAACGCCGUGUUCCUGUGCGACCGCGAGGCCUGCUUCAAGUGGUACUCCAAGCUGAUGGGCGACGAGCCCGACCUGGACCCGGACAUCAACAAGGACUUCUUCGAGAACAACGUGCUGCAGCUGGACCCCUCGCUGCUCACGGAGAACGGCAUGAAGUGCUUCGAGCGCUUCUUCAAGGCCGUCAACUGCCGCGAGGGCAAGCUGGUGGCCAAGCGCCGCGCCUACAUGAUGGACGACCUGGAGCUCAUCGGCCUGGACUACCUCUGGAGGGUUGUGAUUCAAGGAAGUGAUGACAUCGCCAGCCGUGCAAUAGAUUUGCUCAAGGAGAUCUACACAAACCUCGGACCAAAAUUGCAAGUCAAUCAGGUUGAGAUCCAUGAGGAUUUCAUCCAGUCGUGUUUUGACCGUCUGAAGGCGUCGUACGACACCCUGUGCGUGCUGGACGGCGAUAAGGACAGCAUCAACUGUGCCCGACAGGAGGCUAUCCGCAUGGUCAGGGUGCUGACCGUCCUGAGGGAGUACAUCACGGAGUGUGACAGCGACUACCACGAGGAGCGCACCAUCCUACCCAUGUCCAGAGCAUUCCGGGGCAAGCACAUCACACUGAUCGUGCGCUUCCCCAACCAAGGCCGGCAGGUGGACGACCUGGACAUCUGGUCGCACACCAACGACACCAUCGGCUCGGUGCGGCGCAGUAUCCUCAACCGCAUCAAGGCCAACAGCACGCACACCAAGAUCGAGCUCUACAUCGGCGGAGAGAUGGUCGACCCCAACGACGACCGCAAGCUGAUUGGCCAGCUCAACCUCAAGGAUAAAACGCUGAUCACGGCCAAGCUGACGCAGGUCAGCGCCAACAUGCCCUCCAGCCCCGACAGCUCCUCGGACUCCUCCACCGGCUCGCCCGGAAACCACGGCAACCACUACAGCGACGGGCCCAACCCCGAGGUGGAGAGCUGCUUGCCUGGAGUGAUCAUGUCGCUGCACCUGCGCUACAUCUCCUUCCUGUGGCAGGUGGCCGAUCUGGGCUGCAACCUCAACAUGCCCCUCCUGCGCGACGGCGCUCGCGUCCUCAUGAAGCUCAUGCCCCCAGAUAACACUACGAUGGAGAACCUGCGAGCGAUCUGCCUGGAUCAUGCCAAACUGGGAGAGAACAGCCUUAGUCCCACCCUCGACUCCCGCUUCUUUGGCCCGUCGCCUUCUCAAGUGCUCUACUUGAUCGAGGUGGUGUACGCCUUGCUGAUGCCGGCCAGCCACACGCUGGGCGAGGACGCCAGCGACUUCCAGUACAACUUCCUGAAGAGUGGCGGGCUGCCGCUGGUGCUCAGCAUGCUCACGCGCAACAACUUCCUGCCAAACGCCGACAUGGAGACGCGGCGGGGCGCCUACCUCAACGCCCUCAAGAUCGCCAAGCUCCUGCUCACCGCCGUCGGCUUCGGCCACGUCAAGGCGGUCGCCGAGGCCUGCCAGCCGGUGGUGGAGGGCACCAUGCCCGUCUCGCCAAUCAACCAGGCCACCCACGAUCAGGCCCUGGUGCUGCAGAACGCCCUGCAGAACAUCCCCAACCCCUCGGCCGAGUGCAUGCUGCGGAACGUGGCCAUACGCCUCGCGCAACAGAUCUCCGACGAGAACUUCUUCCAGGCCUCAAAGUACUUCCCAGACAUCUGUGUGAUUCGGGCCAUACAGAAAAUCGUCUGGGCCUCAGGAUGUGGCACAGUACAGCUGGUCUUCAGCUCCAAUGAGGAAAUCAGCAAGAUCUAUGAGAAGACAAACGCUGGGAACGAGCCGGACGCAGAGGACGAGCAGGUGUGCUGCGAGGCGCUGGAGGUCAUGACCCUGUGCUUUGCCCUCACGCCCACCGCCCUGGACGCGCUGAGCAAGGAGAAGGCCUGGCAGACGUUCAUCAUAGACCUGCUGCUGCACUGCCAGAGCAAGUCUGUGCGUCAGAUGGCGCAGGAGCAGUUCUUCCUCAUGGCCACCAGGUGUUGCAUGGGCCACCGGCCUCUCCUCUUCUUCAUCACCCUCCUCUUCACCGUUCUAGGAAGCACUGCAAAGGAGCGUGCCAAGCACGCCGGAGAUUACUUCACUCUCUUAAGGCACUUACUCAACUACGCGUACAACAGCAACAUCAACCUCCCCAACGCCGAGGUCCUCCUCAACAACGAGAUCGACUGGCUCAAGAGAAUUAGGGACGAGGUGAAGAGGACCGGGGAGACGGGCGUGGAGGAGACCAUUCUGGAGGGCCACCUGGGCGUCACCAAGGAGCUGCUGGCCUUCCAGACCCCAGAGAAGAAGUACUACAUUGGCUGCGAGAAGGGCGGCGCCAACCUCAUCAAGGAGCUGAUCGACGACUUCAUCUUCCCGGCGUCCAACGUGUACCUGCAGUACAUGAAGAGUGGCGAGUUCCCCACGGAGCAGGCCAUCCCCGUGUGCAGCAGUCCCGCCACCAUCAACGCCGGCUUCGAGCUCCUGGUGGCUCUCGCCGUGGGCUGCAUGCGCAACCUCAAGCAGAUCGUCGACACGCUCACGGAAAUGUAUUACUUAGGUUGCGAGGCACUUACUGAAUGGGAGUACUUACCGCCGGUGGGGCCGCGGCCCACCAAGGGCUUCGUGGGGCUGAAGAACGCCGGCGCCACGUGUUACAUGAACUCGGUCAUCCAGCAGCUCUACAUGAUCCCGCCCAUCAGGAACGGCAUCCUGGCCAUCGAGGGCACCGGCAGCGACGUGGACGACGACAUGUCCGGAGACGAGAAGCAGGACAACGAGAGCAACGUUGACCCGCGGGACGAGGUGUUCAGCUACCACCACCAGUUCGACGACAAGCCGUCCCUCAACAAGGCCGAGGACCGGAAGGAGUACAACAUCGGCGUGCUGCGCCACCUGCAGGUCAUCUUCGGUCACCUGGCCGCCUCGCGCCUGCAGUACUACGUGCCCCGGGGGUUCUGGAAGCAGUUCAGGUUAUGGGGUGAGCCGGUGAACCUGCGGGAGCAGCACGACGCGCUGGAGUUCUUCAACUCGCUGGUGGACAGCCUGGACGAGGCGCUCAAGGCCCUGGGCCACCCGGCCAUGCUCAGCAAGGUGCUGGGAGGCUCCUUCGCCGACCAGAAGAUCUGCCAGGGCUGUCCUCACAGAUAUGAAUGUGAGGAGUCGUUCACAACACUGAAUGUAGACAUCAGAAACCACCAGAACCUUCUGGACUCGAUGGAGCAGUACGUGAAGGGGGACCUGCUGGAGGGGGCCAACGCCUAUCACUGUGAGAAGUGCAACAAGAAGGUGGACACGGUGAAGCGUCUCCUCAUCAAGAAGCUGCCGCCGGUGCUGGCCAUCCAGCUCAAGCGCUUCGACUACGACUGGGAGCGCGAGUGCGCCAUCAAGUUCAACGACUACUUCGAGUUCCCGCGCGAGCUGGACAUGGAGCCGUACACGGUGGCCGGCGUGGCCAAGCUGGAGGGCUCGUCCGACUCGAGCCCCGAGAGCCAGACGCCGCGCGCCGACGACGGCAAGGAGCAGCCGCUGCCGCCCGCCGAGUCGCCCCAGCCGCCGCCGGACACGCCCCCGCAGCAGCCGCCCGCCGUCACCGACCCGCAGUCGCCCAGCUCGCGCUACCGCCUCGUCGGCGUGCUGGUGCACUCGGGACAGGCCAGCGGCGGCCACUACUACUCGUACGUCAUCCACCGGGGCGAGGGGACCGUCGGCGGCGGCGGAGGCGGUGGGGGCGUGUGCGACGGCGAGCGCAACCGCUGGUACAAGUUCGACGACGGCGAGGUGACGGAGUGCAAGAUGGACGACGACGAGGAGAUGAAGAACCAGUGCUUCGGCGGCGAGUACAUGGGCGAGGUGUUCGACCACAUGAUGAAGCGCAUGUCGUACCGCCGGCAGAAGCGCUGGUGGAACGCCUACAUCCUGUUCUACGAGCGCAUGGACGCGCCGGACCGCGACGGCGGCGAGCUGGUCAAGUACAUCCAGGAGCUGACGCUGGGCAGCAAGCCCAACCAGAUCAAGAUGCCCGGCGCCAUCGAGUGCAGCGUGCGCAAGCAGAACGUCCAGUUCAUGCACAACCGCAUGCAGUACAGCCUCGAGUACUUCCAGUUCAUGAAGAAGCUCCUGACGUGUAACAGCGUCUACUUGAACCCUCCGCCAGGCCAAGAUCAUCUUCUGCCUGAAGCGGAGGAGAUAGCAAUGAUCAGCAUUCAGCUCGCUGCCAGGUUCCUCUUCAGCACUGGAUUCCACACCAAGAAGAUAGUGCGAGGCCCAGCCAGUGACUGGUAUGAUGCCCUGUGCAUCCUGCUGAGGCACAGUAAGAAUGUACGCUACUGGUUUGCACACAACGUCCUCUUCGCCUACCCCAACCGCUUCUCCGAGUAUCUGCUGGAGUGCCCCAGCGCAGAGGUGCGCGGCGCCUUCGCCAAGCUCAUAGUAUUUAUUGCGCACUUCUCCCUGCAAGACGGACCAUGCCCCUCACCGAUUGCCUCUCCAGGACCCUCGAGUCAGGUGAGCCCUGAAGUGGCCUGUGAUAACCUGAGCCUAAGUGACCACCUGUUGCGUGCCGUUCUCAACCUGCUCCGGAGAGAGGUGUCCGAGCACGGCCGUCACCUGCAGCAGUACUUCAACCUGUUCGUCAUGUACGCCAACCUGGGCCUUGCAGAAAAGACCCAGCUGUUGAAGCUUGGUGUGCCGGCCACGUUCAUGCUGGUCGCCCUGGAUGAGGGUCCAGGCCCCCCCAUCAAGUACCAGUACGCGGAGCUGGGCAAGCUCUUCACUGUGGUGUCGCAGCUGGUGCGCUGCUGUGACGUGGCCUCACGCAUGCAGUCCUCUAUUAAUGGUAACCCUCCCCUGCCGAAUCCGUACGGCGACCCCAACCUGACCGCCCCCAUCAUGCCCCUGCAGCAGCUGGUGGCGGAGAUCCUGUUUGUGCGCACCAGCUACGUGAAGAAGAUCAUCGAGGACUGCAGCAACUCGGAGGAGACCAUCAAGCUGCUGCGCUUCUGCUGCUGGGAGAACCCGCAGUUCUCCUCCACCGUGCUCAGCGAGCUGCUCUGGCAGGUGGCGUACUCCUAUACCUAUGAGCUUAGGCCUUACCUGGACCUGCUGUUGCAGAUCCUUCUUAUCGAGGAUUCCUGGCAGACCCAUAGAAUUCACAAUGUGUUGAAGGGGAUUCCUGAUGACAGGGAUGGGCUCUUCGACACCAUCCAACGCUCCAAGAACCACUACCAGAAGAGGGCCUACCAGUGCAUCAAAUGCAUGGUGGCGCUGUUCAGCAACUGCUCUGUGGCCUAUCAGAUCCUGCAGAGUAACGGCGACCUGAAGAGGAAGUGGACCUGGGCGGUGGAGUGGCUCGGCGACGAGCUGGAGCGUCGGCCGUACACGGGCAAUGCCCAGUACACCUACAACAACUGGUCCCCGCCCGUCCAGAGCAACGAGACCUCCAACGGCUACUUCCUGGAGCGCUCACACAGUGCCCGCAUGACCCUGGCCAAGGCCUGCGAGCUUUGCCCCGAGGAGUGCCACUUAACGAAGCACGAGGCUGUGUCGGAGGAGGACGCUGCCCGGAAGCCGUCCUCGCCUCAGCAGCUUAUGCCAGGGGAGGUCGCAGUCCAACCGCAGCACACUGAGCCGGACGACCAGGAAGCCCCCGAUGAUCAGGACUCCUCUCCCCCAGAGGACACCUCCCUGUACCCCCACUCUCCAGGGACCCAGUUUCAGCAGCAGCAGAACAACCACCCCCAUGGGCAGCCCUACACGGGCCCGGCAGCGCAGCAUAUGAACAACCCCCAGCGCCCGGGCCCACGAGCACAAGAGAACUGGGAGCCCACUGAGGAGGUGCCUCCGGCCCAGACCACCAACACCACCACCACCACAACUACCACCACCACCACCACCACCACCACCACCAAGGAGUAGUCAGCGCCAGCGCCAGAUCGUCCGCCGUUGCCGCACCUCCGCCCUUAAAAAGCCUGUGCGCUCCACCCUCCUGCCCCUCUCUCCGUCUGCUCUCUCUCUCUCUCUCUCUCUGCUCUGUCCCUCUCUCUCUCCCUCUAUCUCUAUCUAUCUCUCUCGCUCUCUCUCUCUCCGCCAGAGAGGAGGACCGGUCUGGGGGCCCCAACCUCCAACCUCCCACCCCAACCAACCCCCCUGCCUGCCCACACCUCUCCACUCCAGGCCCCGCUGUAUCCAGAAUUCAGCUUUUUUUCCCCCCUCUUUUUGUUUUGUUUUUGUUUCAUUUUUUGUUUUUGUACCAGACCUGGAGUGGAGGGUCCUAUUCACCAUAUGCCCUGCAGUGUGACUCUUGACAUAUAACCCGCCUGCAGUGGAUAGUCAGCCUGCAGUGGAUAGUGCGUAGCGUCGUACAUAAAAAAAAACAAAACAUACAAAAACACACAAACAAACAAAAAAGAGAUACAUAAAACGGGCCUGAGGCGCUUUUGUCAAUUUGACAGUGUACAUAGUAUGUUAAUGUUUUGACUGUUCAAAAAUAAUAAAACAAAAAGAAAAAAAACUGCGCGACAAGUGUCAGUUUGCUGUUGGGGGCGACUUGCAAAUCUAUGAGAGAGAGAAAAACGACAAUAAAAACAAACACAAAACAACAAAAAAAAUACUAAAAAGGGGGAAAAAACACAAAAAAACAGCACCAACUUUGUUUUAUCACCUGUGCUCAGAAGUGAAGUUUGGUCUGGUGUGCCUAACGGCAGUGUGGGAAGUCACUGAGGUUUAGGAAAGAACAUAGCUUCAAUUGUUCCUGUUGACUUAACCCUACUAAACCAGCUCUGGAGAUCCUGGAGUUGGCGCUAGUGAGAAAACCCUUAGAAGUGGUUGGGUGAAAACUUUUACGGUCUUUUUUUAAUUAUUUUUCUCCCCUCUUUUUUUUGGUUGAUGUGACAAGUGGUGAUAUUGUUUCCAGAACUUUCAUUGCCUUUUUUUUUUUUCCGUUUUUUUUUUUCUGCUAUUCAAGACCUUUUUGAAAGCUCUAGUUAAUAUGCUGUAACAUUUAGCAUGGCUUCACACCAGACUAGUGUAGCCAAACGGGAAAGAAUAUGAUGAUUCAUGACAGCUGUAAUCCUUAAUCCAGAGCUCUUCUUACAAGCCGCCUUCUUUUGGUUUUCUUUACUGCUCUUUAUAAUUUCAUUUUCCUCUUGAGACAUUGACUGCUAUUAAUUUUGAACCAAUGUAAGAAUAAGUGGCUUUUCAAUUGCACAUAUAAUCCUCGCUCACUCAUUCAAACAGUCCUGUUUUUAUUUUAUUUUCCUCCCCUGUGAUGGGUUAAAAGCGCUUAGUUUUGGACAAUAGGAAUUACAAACUAAUAUAAAGAUGGAGAAAAAAUGUAUAUGCAACGAAUUUGCUAUGCCAGGAUGCGGGGAGCAUAACAGACUGUGCUUGGGUGGCCCGUUUGUCUUUCCUGGGUGGACCCAGUGUUGGACAGACGCUGAAGCAAAGCUCCUGGUGGAUAAAGAGAUAGCGUGGGUUGGGUGAGGGGUACGACAGAAGCGACCCCCCACCACCCAUUCGCUCUGCCCAUUCUACUGGAACGAACGCAAGCUUAUUAUUUUCGGACUCUUCAUCCAAGGGGAUCGGACAAGAAAAGCAGGGUUGUAUCAUAAGAUAACUGCUGGUUAGUCAUGUUGCAACUUGAGCUAAAGUUAAUCUUCUUUAGGAGGUAAAAAGGUAACCAUCAGUAAAUACUGUAUUUAAUUGGUAACUUGAAUGCGUGUUUUUUUUUUCUCUUCCUCUGUCUAAAAAAAAUACCAAAUACUCCUGCAAAUGAACAUAUUCUGCCCACCAUAUAAUAUUUAAAUACUUUGCUGUUUUAUUUUAUAGAAUUUAUUUUGUUGUAUUUCACUAAAAAAUAGAAUUUGAUUUAAGAGGAACAUUUUUUGUCCUUGUGUUAUUUUUAAAGGAGAUAUUGACUGUACAGAGUUCUUCGCCCUGUUUUUUGCCGACUUUUGUUUUGGCCAUGGUGUGACGUUGAAUUCUGGAGCUACAGUCGCGAUGUGAACUUUCACUUUGUGAGGUUUUUUUGUGCACAGAAAUAUUACAAAACAAAAAAAACAACAAAAAAAGCAUUGCGCCCUUCAAGAAUAAAGAAAACGGAAUCUUGA